AUGCCCAGCCUGGUGUGGUCUUGCAGCCUUUGCACCUUGGAGAACCCUUCCUCCAAAGACCACUGCGAAGUCUGUGGCCAUGUACGACCUGCAGCUGGUUCCGGCACCGUUUGUGCUGGCUUUGGCACCACUUGGAGUGAAGACGAGGCGCAGCUGCGCAGCUAUCGUCGCUCCGGUGCACUGGAGGAGCUGCGCCAGGCCAUGCGAGGCACAGAGCUGCCAGUGACCGACGAGACGGAGACCUUAGGAUACGUGAAUACCUGCUUGGCAGCUGCGAUCUACGUCCUGCGAGCCAGCCUCAACCAGAGCAGAUCCGGACCUGAGAUGUUUUGCGAAGCAAUACAUGUGCUCACCAUGGCGGCCGGAGAUGCGGACACGAACUGCGCAGUGGCCGGAGCCUUGCAUCUGGGCGGAAGGACCGGACCGGACGACUGCGCAGUCGGACGUAGGUUGCCGCGGCAGAUCCUCAAGCGAAGUGGCAAUUCCCCAGCGGCCCAAUGGAUUCCCAACUUUCUAUUGCAGGAGGCUUGUGGCUAUAGCUUCGUGGCCUCGGCAGCAUUGUGGGAGAAGACUUAUCCCCUGCAGGUGGAUGGAAACGCCGAACUCGCAACACUCCGGGAGUUGGGCGUCCGCGAGUGUGGCCAUGAGGAGCUAUCGCUGUGUGGCCCCACCCCCGCGGAUGAGCUGGUUGCCUGCAUUCAACAUUGCGAGGGUCGCUGGCUCCAAACCCUUUGGCGGGAGCAGGACAGGCGCUCAGCGGCCUUCAACGACCUCUACAAGUCGCUCUUGGAUGCCAUCCUCGAGGACUGCCAUCCGGUGGCAUCGAUCCCUGAUCGAUGUGUGGAGCCGGUCAGCGAGGCAGAACUCGAGGCCGCAGCCUUCCGGACAGUGCUCGAGAUGAGCAAAGGUGAAGACACCAAGGUCUUGAGACUAAGCUAUUUGAAAGGACGAGAUCCAGAGUUGGGAUGGUCUGCGCUGAAGGGUGCUGCAAAGCUGCUCUCCCAUUCUCAGCAGCUGGUGCCUGCUGCACAACUGCGUCUCCGCAACAUUUGCUCGAUUGCUGGCAUCGAAACUGCCACGGAGAGUGAAGCACCUCUUCACUCGGUGGAUCGAGCUGCAUCGCCACCGGGGUGGCUAGGGGCAGAGCAAGACCUUCCUCCACUGGAAUCGAAUCUGGGAUGGGAGGUCUUCAUGUGCGGCGUCUUCGGUUGCCAAGCAGCCGAUCCGCUCACCCGGACCUGCAUCGGUGGGCCACCUCUGCCCGAAGGCUUUGUCGAGUCCUUCCUGCGCUUGGGUGAGAUCUUGACCUCCGGGCAGUUCUGGCAGCGGGCUGCAGGUUCUUCAAGGACCUUGGACUAUUUGCAGAGGAUCAUGCAUCUGAAGGACCGCAGCGAAGUGGCUUUGGCGCGCAGGAACUUCCUCCGGAAGCUGGCAGUGAGGAAUCCUCCAGGCCAGAGUGGAAACUUCGUUCUGCAGGACUUGUUUCUCCAAGAGGUCUUUCAGAAUAUCGCCGGUUGCUACCUGCCAUACAUCAAGGAUGUGCCAGCCAAUCCGCAAGUCCGUGCGCUUUUGCAAUGGUGUGGUGUGGCCACUGAAGUGGAUCAGUUCUCUUUGGUCAAGGCUUUGAGGUUUGCACGCGAGACUGAGAUUCGAGACCUUGGCUUCGUGUCUGAGAUCUAUCGCAGACUGGAUGGAAGCGGGUUUAAUCCAGGAGAAGAAAAACUCUUCCUGGUUCCCGGGAAAGGUUUCUUGUCCAAGAUUGACUGCGUUUGGAGACCCUUCAAGGUGGACUUGCUUCGCAAAUGUUGUCAACUUGAGAUCCUACAAGAUCACUAUAGCCGUUUUGGGCCGGGCGUGAGGACUGCUUUGACGAAAUGGAUCCGUGAAGGGCCGGAGACGUCCGCGAAGGCCUUAUGCGAGGCAUUGAUUAUGGCCAUCGAAUGUGCAAGAGUCGACACACGCAGGUCGCGUCACCUCCCGGGAAAGCCAUCCAUAUCACCACAGGAGGCAGCAGCACAGCUGUUUCCUGCGGCCAAGGCUGCCAUUGAGGAUCGGCUGUUUGAUGAAAUGCAAGAGUUGGUGAAGCUUUGUGUCGGCACCUGCAUGGGCAUAGAUCUCAUUCCACCAGAGCCACCACAGCGAGUCGAAGACAAACGCCCAGAGACCGUGGUGUACAAUCACUUUGUGCAACAACGCAUGAUUGUGGUCCCUGGGGUCGGCGAAGGGGACGCUCAGUGCAGGAUUCUCGCGAUGGGCGAAGCCUACUGGGAAGUUGCACCUGAACUGGAGGGGAGUCCGGCACAGGAUACCGCUUUGAAGACCCAUUAUGGUGUUGGCGGCAAUGAGGAGGCCACCUUCAGAUUCUUCACAGAGAUCCUAAGUGUGAGGCCGCUUCUGACCGUGGAGCAAUGGUUGCACAUUUGUGAGGCCCACGCCCACGCCAUCCACUUCCUCCCCAGUGGCGAACGGGGGCCCAGUACCAUCGAGGAGGGUCUCAAGAUUGCACAGGCCCUCGUGUGUGGCGACACGUUGGAUUCUUGGGGCAUCCCUCUCUUUAGUGCCAAUGGUGCCCAGCCGCCUGCGGAAGACAUGACGGAGCCUGAGCUUGGAUUGCUGUUUCUGGACCUCAAGUACUUGCCUCGAGCAAGGCUGCUUGAAAGCCAGGCCGGUUAUCAUGCUGUGGUCUCGUUUUGGGCCAGCAAGUUGGCGAAGAUGCUGCAGAACCUAGGACUGUCGGAGUCGGAGAGCAUAUUUGCAUACGUUUCAUUGGAGAACUACAGGCAGACGAUGGCUUCCAAUGAGAUCCUGAAUCGCCUGAAUUGUUAA